CGUCAGCGAGUGGCCUCGGUCCUGCCCAAUCAGGGCAGAGGAGCGCGAAGGUGGCUCAAACUCCCGCCAAAUACAAGCGCGAGCGGGGGAGGGGGCAGGGAGAGCCGUCACGGGGAGCAGGAGGGAAAAGCGGCCCGCCGGGGACGCGCGCGCACUCGCCUCUCUCCCCACCCCCCUCAGGCUCCCGGUUAUGUCAUUUGGGAGGUGAAAGGCCCGAGGGGGGCCCGGUGGCGGCUCUUCCCCGCGCGCGGUUUCCUCUCAGGCGGCGAAGGAGGACGAGUGGCCGCUAUGGAGUGUCGAGCUAAGUCAGCAACACCAGCCAGGAAACUCAUACAAGCUCGACUGCCUUUCAAGCGUUUGAAUCCUGUGCCGAAGGAGAAACUCGAUGCAGACUCUGGAGUCAAAAAAUCAAGGAACUCUCAAAAUGUUCUUGAUCAGAACAACGCUCAGUGUCCCAGUUCAUCUCAUCUGUCACCGGAUGAUGCAGAGAACAGUUGCCAGGUGGAAACCGAAACACAGUUUAUUCCAAAACUUGUUAAUGGGAAGGGUCCACUAGAUAGCUUUGUGCAGAAAAACAAUAUAAGUCUGUCUUUACCCUCAAUAGACUUGACAGAGGAUUCUAGCGAUGGACCAAGUGAUAAGGGAGAUCAUGGCACAUCAAAAGCAGAAGAUGUAUUGACAGAGAAAGCUAAAGAGGAGAUUGUAAGCAAACCCAGUUCACAAAAACCUGUUUGCAGUAGCCAAGUGGAUGUUCUGGCAGAAACUGAUUCUCUUUCCCCAGCUGCAGCACAUAAAAGUGAAUUAUCAGAUUUGUCGCUUGUGGAGACAGAAGUCAGUAGGGCCAAGAAAGGUGAACUCAAGAAUGUUCUGUUUCAGAGAAAAAUGCCAGUGGUUCUCUUGGAGGAUAUCAUGGCAGUCAGACCCCUCCAAGUUGCACCUUUGGAAAGAAGCCUGCCUUCCGGAAACGACACAAGUGGGUCUUGUCAUGUAGAGAACUCUACAUGCACAGAUUCCUCCUUCAGUUCUCUCUCUUCUACCAGCUCACCUGAGAGUCUGCCUGCCCAUGAGCAAACUAGAGAUCCCAGUCCAUUAGCCUCUUCAACGCCUGUCCAAAAGAUGAAUCAGAAAAGUCAGAGGAGUGCUGCAGAAAAGGAGAAGCUGAGACUGCAGAAAGAUCAAGAACGUGCAGAUAAACUUCAGAAGCUGCAGGCUGAGCGAGAAGAGAAGGGAAGGCUGAAAGAGGAGGCGAGAGCUGCCAAAGAACGCUCCCGGGAGGAGGCAAAGAGGAAAAAAGAAGAAGAGAAGGAACUGAAGGAGAAGGAGAGGAGGGAGAAAAAGGAAAAAGAUGAGCGAGAGAAGGCUGAAAAGUUACGAGCAAAAGAAGAAAAAAGGAAGGAGAGGCAGGAAGCACUGGAGGCAAAACUUGAAGAGAAAAGGAAGAAAGAGGAGGAGAAACGGUUGAAAGAGGAGGAGAAGCGCAUCAAAGCAGAGAAAGCGGAAAUCACUCGGUUCUUCCAAAAACCAAAGACCCCACCUGCUCCGAAGACUCUUGCUGGCUGGUGUGGGAAAUUUGCUCCUUUUGAAAUCAAGGAGAACAUGGUCCUUUCCCCGCUCUGCCGCGUGGCCUUUGACCAGGAUCUCAUGGAUCAGUUAGACUGCCUCCUGCAAGCUCAGAACUGCGAUGCUUCACUCUUGAAAGAACUGAAAGGCCGAGAGCCGGGCAAAUCUGGAGCUACACUUGUCCGCAGCAGCGCCACCAGUGUUGACGUCAACAGUGAUGUGGUCAUAGUGGGUAGCAGCCAAGUGGGAGAUGUCUCUGAAAGGAAGAAGUUUGGCCGGAUGAAACUUCUGCAGUUCUGCGAGAAUCACAGGCCUGCCUACUGGGGCACAUGGAACAAGAAAUCCUCUUUCAUAAAGCCAAGGAACCCUUGGUCGAAAGAUGCCACACUCCUGGACUAUGAAGUAGAGAGUGAUGAGGAGUGGGAGGAAGAGGAGCCAGGCGAGUCUCUCUCUCACAGCGAAGGGGAUGAUGAUGAGGAUGGAGGGGAGGAGGAAGAUGAAGAUGAUGGGUUCUUUGUGCCCCAUGGCUAUCUUUCAGAGGACGAAGGCGUGACUGAAGAAUGCGACCCCGAGAACCAGAAGGUUCGCCAAAAGCUGAAGGCCAAAGAAUGGGAUGAGCUGAUCGCCAAGGGGAUGCGGCUCCGAGUCCUGCAGCCUGUGAAGAUUGGGUGUGUCUGGGAAGGCCAGGAGAGCAGUAGCUGCUCAGAUCUGAAGCUCCUUCAUCAGUUCCAGGCUUCCAUCCUGGACACGAGCCUUGGCGACGAGGAGCAAGCAGAGAAGAGUGAUAAAAAGAAGACAAAAGACCAGCAAAUCUUGAGACAGCUGCUCCCACUGCUCCAUGGGAAUAUUAAUGGAAGCAGAGUGAUCAUCCAAGAAUUCCAGGAUUGCUGUCGCCUGGGGCUGCUGUCAGGCAGCAACGGUGCUGUCACCACUUCCAGCAGCACAGAGAACAGCCCUCUGAGCCCCAACACCUCCCGGGCCCAGACUCCUGUCCACGAGGGGGAUGGCAUCCCUUCCAAAGCCAGGCUGAAGCGGAUCAUCUCUGAAAACUCUGUGUACGAGAAGAGGCCCGAGCACCGGAUGUGUUGGUAUGUCCACCCAGAGGUCCUGAAGAGCUUCGGAAAGGAGGACCUGCCCGUCCCUAGUCAGUGGAACUACAUCACCCAGAUCCCUUCGGUGACCAGGGAGGAAGGGGGAAACUCGCCAGGAGUGGUGGCGACACAGAUCACUCCAGUCUCUGCAAAAAGGAAGCCGAUGGGAAGCAUGUCCAUCACCAAGUUCAUGAAGAGGCCUCGGGGCACCGGACAGGCUGAAACCAUGGAGAUGGAUGGAUUUCAGGCAGACACUGAGGAAGAAGAUGAGGACGAAUGCAUCCUUGUGGAUGCACAGCAGAGCGCAGAGCCUGCAUCGAAGGCCCCCGUCGUCACAGCAGAGAUGGAAGGGGAGACAGCGGAGGAUCCAACUCUGGAACAAGACACUGUCAACUUGACAUUCCACUAACUUUUCUGCUCUGUAUGUAUGUAGAAUCCUUUAGAAUAUUUUUAAAAACUCUUGUAUCUUUUUUUUUUGUACAAGAUACUUGAACAUACUCUGUAUUCCUUGUAAAGAGAAGACAGCACUUUGUACUGCUUCAGAUCAGUGGAAGCUCAAGAUGUAUUUUUAGAUGCUUAGCUCUUUGGGGUUUUUUUUUUAGUUAAGUACUACACAUAAUCUCUUUAAUAAAAGCAUUAUUGAACUUUUGGAUGGGAGGGCCCCAUACAAAAGCUAA